AUGGCUGAGACAGUUAAAGGUAUGACAAAUCCAUGUGUUGAUACCGAUCAAAAACGGGACAGCACUGUUCGAGCACAACUGCGGUCCCAAUCAGCAAAAUACGCGGAAUUACGUCACAGAGACUGCAUUCGGUCACAAUGUUAUCUUGGUCGAGCAGGACAAAAAGUGAAUGACGUUGGUUCUUUGAAAGUUUGUCGUACUACAGUCGAUGCUAACUUAACAGCUGGAAAUUUUAGUGCGUGUAUAACGAUCGACGUUAUUAAACAAGCUGCUCACUACAGAAAACAGUUUUUGAUUGAUGAAGAUAUAUUUAAAGAAAUGCGUGUCUUGAUGCAUUUUUUUCGAGAAGCGGAUACAAAUUCAGCCUAA